UCUUCUUCUUCCCUCCUCCGGUCAGCGUCCCUGUUGACCGCUCAGCGCCACCCCCGUCGCAACGGAACGGGCUUCUCUUUCUCUCUCCUCCCUCCGCGCUUCCACGCAGGCCACGACGACCCCGUCCUCCGUCUCCUUCCUAUAUAUAACUCCUCUCCCCGGCCUCCCUCGCCAUUACGGACACGGACCCCCCCCGCAGCGGCCAGCGCUCCCCUCCUUUCUCUCCCUCCUCACCCAAGAACUGCAACCGCGCACGGCUCGCCACGAGGAGCCCCGCGUACGGGGGGCGACGCCGCAUCCGGACAGGAUAGGCAGGCAUGAGGACGAGGCGGGGCGCGUGCUACUCCUGCCACGCGGCGGCGGGCGACGGCCCUGAGGCGCACCGCCGGAAGAGGCGCCGGACGGCAGCGGCCGAGGGGUCGCCGCCGCCGGCGGCCGGCGGCUGCGGCAUGUUCGAGGAGCUGCCUGACGAUCUCGUCGUGUCGAUACUGCGCGAUGUCGCGGCGUCCGCAGGCUCGCCGGCCGACCUCGCCGGCGCCAUGCUCACGUGCAAGAGGUUCAGGGAGCUCGGGCAGAGCAAGGUGGUGCUAGCGCGGGCCUCGCCGCGGUGCCUCGCCGUGCGCGCCGAGGCCUGGUCGGACGACGCGCACCGCUUCCUGCAGCGCUGCGCGGACGCCGGCAACCUGGAAGCCUGCUACCUUCUUGGCAUGAUCCGGUUCUACUGCCUGGGGAGCCGCGGGCCCGGCGCGGCGCUGAUGGCGGCGGCGGCGGUGGGCGGGCACCGUGAGGCGCUCUACUCGCUGGCCGUGAUCCAGUUCAACGGCAGCGGCGGCGGCAAGGACGACCGCGACCUCCGCGCGGGCGCCGCGCUGUGCGCGCGCGCGGCGUCGCUGGGCCACGUGGACGCGCUCCGCGAGCUCGGGCACUGCCUCCAGGAUGGCUACGGCGUGCGCCGCUCCGUGCUGGACGGCCGCCGCCUCCUCAUCCAGGCCAACGCCCGCGAGCUCGCCGCCGCGGUCGCCGCCUCGUCGGCGCCGCCCCCGGCCCGCGCCGGGCCCGGCAGCAACGGCGGCAAGGGGGCCCCGCGGCGGCACUCGUGCCUCCUGAGCGACUUCGGGUGCCGCGCCGCGGCCGCGGCGGGGGAGGCGCACGCGGCGAACCGGUUCCUGGUGGACUGGUUCGCGACGCGGCCGCUCGCCCAGGCGGCGGCGGCGGCGGUCUCGCCGGAGGACGAGGGCGGCGCGCUGCGGCUGUGCUCGCAGGCGCUGUGCGGGCGGCCCGAAACGCGGCGGCACGAGUUCCGGCGGUGCUCGGUGUGCGGCGUGGUGAACUACUGCUCGCGCGCGUGCCAGGCGCUGCACUGGAAGAUGGCGCACAAGGCGGAGUGCGCGCCCAUGGACCGGUGGCUCGACGCCGCGGCGCACCCCGACGCCAACGCCAACGCCAACGCCAACGCGGCGGCCCCGGCACCGUGACGCGCCCUGUGCUGGCGUCGUCCGUCCGUUUCCGGUCACUCUUGUUAGCACUAGCAGCGCCAGUUUUUACUGCUCCGGCCGGCCGGCCGUUCAUUUCUUUUUCUUUUUUUGUCGCUGUCGUUUUUUUUGCCCACUCCCUCCUCCUCCUGUAACCUGUACAUGAUGGUGGUUGGCUCGCUGAGGUAACAUUAUGGCGAAGCGGUGGUUUCACAGA